AUGCACAAAAUUACGGCCAAGGAAACUGUUACUAGACUAAACACCAUUUUCACUUGUCUGGGUUACCCUAGAACGAUAACGCUAGAUAACGCAAAACAGUUUGUGGGUACUGAGAUAGAAGAAUACAGUCAAAAUCACAGUAUCCACUUAAACCACUCGACACCAUACUGGCCCCAAGAGAACGGGUUGAUGGAAAGGCAAAACCGGUCACUGCUCAAGCGACUUCAAAUUAGCAAUGCUCUUGGUAGAGAUUGGCGUAAGGAUUUACAAGAGUACUUGAUGAUGUACUACACCACACCGCAUUCUACAACUGGACGCACACCCACGGAACUCCUUUACGGUAGAACCAUCAGAUCCAAAAUCCCAGCUCUGCAGGAUAUUGAAACAACACCAACAACCUCUGAUGUUGCAGACAGAGAUCAAAUGUUGAAAGAAAAGGGAAGGGAAAAUGAGGACUCUCGUAGAAGAGCAAGGAAAUCAUCAAUUGAUCUUGGAGACACUGUGUUAAUGAAAAAUCUGUUACCAGGCAAUAAGCUCCAAACAACAUUCGACCCCAAAGAAUACAAGGUCGUUGAUCGUUUGGGACCGCGAGUAACGAUUGAAGACCCCUUAAAUGGAAGAUCGUAUGACCGAAACGUGGCACAUUUGAAAAAAGUCAUUGAUACAACACAGGCACACAUUGAAGCUCCAGUGCACAAUGAGGACUCUCAGCGAGCAGAGUUACAGGAAGCAGGAGACGACAAUUCACAAGAAGAAUUUCGAAGGUUUCGAUGA